GAGAGCACCAACUUUUUCCAUGGGUGGUGGUGGUUCAGAGCACAUUAUGGAAUCUUCUCAUCAGCUCAGUUUCAAUCCAUGGAGGAAUUAGCAUUCAUUCAAGUAAUUUACAGCUGUGGGUUUCACGAGAUUCAUUCCAAUCCUCCAGGGUUUAGGGCAACAUGAGAACGUCUGUUUAGAAUUUCAAUCUUUUUUGUUGAAGGGAGGGGAUUCAUAGUUCAUCAAGUUAUUCCUUGAAUGUUGGACCGACUUUAGUUUUAGCUUUGAUGCUGACGGCCUUUAUGGAUGCCCUUUUUGUGCAAGGUGGUGGAUCUCAGUAAUUGCACUUAUGGGAAUGAUUUGUCUGUAAGCUAGAGUGCUUUCUAACUUGUUUGGUUGAUCUAUAAACCAGUUGAUGGCCUUUUUAUACUCAAAUUGUCUGCAAGCAGUGGAUGCUUUGUACUUGUUUCAAGAUUCUGGGUUUCAUCUGCAUCAUUAGCCCACUAAAGCUUCAUGGAACACUAUCAAUUUUCCUAUCCUCAAAGUUUGCUGAUUGAACUUGGCUACUUGGGGAAUUAUCUAUUGUGUUCAGCUGGUGAAGUUAAUUGGGUUCUCGGCAUUGAACAUUAUGUGGCACCUUGGAUCCUUUGAAAUAUUAUACAACAUUAGACUUUGCAAGUUUCAAUUUGCUAAUCAGCUACUUGAGUCUGUAUAUUCUGAACUUUUGUGUAGUAAAACAAAAUGGCAGUUCAGUUGGUAACUUCCUCAUAAGGACUCUGAUCAUUAUGAGUUGCACAUCAAAGGAGAUCUCCUCCAUACAUAUUUCAUGGAAGAUGAAUUGGACAUUUUUACACAGCCUAUUGGCAUUCUAUAGUUCAAUGAUUUGAAUACAUAUUGUUUAAAGCUACACAAACUUGUAGUAUUGUUCUUUAUUUUUCCAUGAAAAUGGAUGCAUUGCAAGUUAUUGCAUCGGCUACACAGAUAGUCUCAAGUAUGAUCGGGGCUGUUGGUGCUCUACAACAAGCAUCUAGGGACCUUGAUGAAGCUCCAAAGAUUAUUCGAAGCUUAGAGGAUCUUGUAUGUGAUCUUGAAAAUUUAACCAACAGAGUUAAGCAGAAACAUGUCCACAAGCUUCAUAAUCGCCAAUUAAACCACCAAAUUCGCAGCUUGGAAAGCCUCAUUGUACGGUUGCAUCCAAACAUCAGCAAGGCAAGAAAGGUUGUGUCCAAGAGUAGGAUGAAGAACUUUGCUAAGGUGGUAUGGAACUCUAUGACUGGGGAUCCAUUGGGGAGGAUUGUUAAUUCAAUGAGGGAUGACUUAAACUGGUGGUUUGAAUCUCAAAGAUUGACUGAGAACUUCGAGAAAGCAAUUGAAUCAACAGCUCAAAAUAUCCCCAUUCGAUUUAAAGUAAAUAUGGAACAAGGCUACCCAAUUUCUAGUAAGUGCCAUGCCGUGAGAAAUUUACUAGAGCAGGAAAGUUCUCAUCGCGUCAUUCUUAUUGUUGGGUUAUCUGGUAUUGGAAAGUCAUGUUUGGCUCGUCAAGUAGCUUCUGAUCCUCCCAUGAAUUUUGUGGAUGGAGCUGUUGAACUUGGAUUUGGACAGUGGUGCAGUCGAGCUUCUUGUAAUGGAAGUAAGACUGAAUACCAGAAGCGCUUGACAAGAAAAAUUUGUAAAUUUCUGGUGCAGAUUGGAUUUUGGAAGAAAAUUAGGGAUGAAAACGGUGGUGAUCUUGAAUAUGUCUGUUGUUUGCUUCAAGAAGCAUUAUAUGGGAAGAGUAUUUUAAUUGUUCUUGAUGACGUGUGGGAGCAGGACAUUGUAGAGAGGUUUGCCAGGCUUUAUGAUAAUGAUUGCAGAUACCUGAUUACAACAAGAAAUGAAUCUGUACAUGAAAUAACAGAAGCUGAGAAAGUAGAGUUAAGCAAAGAUGACAUAAGGGGAAUCAGCAAAGGAAUCCUUCUUUACCAUACUCUUCUUAGUGAGGAAGAACUGCCGGUUGUAGCAGAGAGUUUGCUUGAACGCUGUGGCCACCACCCUCUUACAGUUGCUGUCAUAGGUAAGGCUCUCAGGAAAGAAAUGAGAGCUGAGAAAUGGGAAAGAGCCAUCACUAACCUGUCUACAUAUGCCACUUGUGCACCGGGUCCUGUCUCAUAUGCAAAUGAGAAAGAAGCUGAGAGCACUGUAACCAUAUUUGGCUCAUUUGAAUUCAGUCUCGAAGCGAUGCCUGAAGAUCCCAGGAAACUCUUCAUCACUCUUGCUGCUCUUUCAUGGGAUGAACCUGUGCCAGAAGCUUGUCUAGAAGCCAUUUGGUCAGUCCACGGGCAGGAAAAUUUAUUUCCUCUUGUAGUCUGCAAGCUUGUUGAAGGAUCCUUAUUGAUCAAAACUGACUUGUACCAAGUACAUGAUAUGAUGUCUUUAUACCUCGAUGGCAAGAUGAAUGAUUCAGUUAAGAUUCUAUUAACUGAACCUGCACCAGAAAGGAUUGCCUUUAUCUGCCCUUGGCUUUUUAUUUUUGGAAAGGAAACUAUUAGGAAGAUUGCUGAGCAGAAGAUAGUGUUUUUCCUAAGUGUUUUAGAGGAAAAACAGGCAGUCAUCACCUUGGAUUCUUUUAUUCAAGCUCUACUGGCAAGCAAAUCCAUUUCUGAAUUCGAAGCUAGCAGAGCAAGGAUUAGUAGCAUAUUGGGACCCAAGAUUGCAAACCUGAUCUCAACUGAGUCGCAGCAUCUAAUUGCUACGUCUGCAAAAGCUAUAGCAAAUGUAUUCAGUAUGAAUGAUUAUUUUGAGUAUUUCCCACCCCUUGAAAGUAUUGGUGCUGUUGAUAGGCUUGCAGGUAUAUUGGAAAACUGUGAGGACCCCAUGAUCCAAACUAACAUUUCAAUUGUACUUGCAAAGCUUUCAGAAUUUGGAAGCCCAGAGACAGUUGAUAAGGUACUUCAAGGAAUUCCCAUUGGUCAGCUUGCUAAAUUACUCUCUCCCGAUUCUGAGGAAUGGCAUGAGAGUGUGUUUACAACAUUUAUGUUUUUGGUCAGAGCUGGAAAGUCAAAAGCUGUUGAAAAAAUGUUUGCUUUUGAUGUUGACAAAAAUCUAAUUGGACUUCUUGAAAAUGGAUCUGAAGUUGCACAACACCAUGCUAUUGUCACACUGAAGGCAUUCUAUGAGCAGGGAGGCCCACCAACAAAGAGAUCUAUUCAACCUGGUACUCUAAAUUUCUUGCCUUGGCAGGUUAGACUCAGCUUGGAAAGAUUUGUUCUGUCCGAGCAAAAUAUUACCCUAUCACCAAAACCACAAACCUUUGAAGAUAUCAUGUGCAAAGUACUUGAAAGUGAUAAAAAGCAAGUAAUGGAGGCAAUGCAAGAUCUCAUCCCAUUCAUCGAGAAAGCAGGAGAGCCGAGAAUUAGAGACAUGAUUAUACAAAGUCCCCUUAUCAAAAGACUAUCAGACCUCCUGCAGCAUGGGCAACCAGAACAAAACUCUAUAAGAUCCGAAUCUGCUUUUCUAUUAAUGAAGCUAGCAUGCUCUGGUGGAGAACCCUGCACAAGGAAAGUUUUGGAGUAUGAUAUUAUUCCCAAGCUAGUCAAGAUGAUGCAAUGCAAUGUCAUUGAGUUGCAAGAUGCAGCCUACUCAGCAAUACACCAGAUUCUUUUCAGCAAUGGCGGGGUCCUUGUUUUGAACAGGAUUGUUCAGAUGGGUGUUAUCGAUAAAUUGGCCCAUUCAAUAGAGAGCAAAUCAAUAAAGACACGGGAACUGAAUGUGCUUUGUGUUUUGGAUAUCAUUGAAUUGGGAAACAAAGCCUGCAUUGAGCAGAUGUUUUCUUUGCAGGUGGUCGAGAAGCUUGUGAGGAUUGAGAAAACCAGUGGGGGCUCUGGUGAAACAUUGGUUGGGUUUCUUAAGGGCAUGGACAAGUGUAAGCAUCUGACAGCAGCUGAGCGUAGAGUGAUGAAGCAACAAGUAGUAAGGAAGGUAAGGGUAGCUUUAAAAGGCCAUAAAUUUGAAGCUCAGAUUUUAGCAUCUCUAGAUGCAUGUACUGCAGAGGGCUCAAGAGGCAGUAGCAGUGGCAGUGGUAAACAUGGAAAAUAGUUCCUCAUCUUUUGAGAAUAGUUGAAUAGAAUUUUUCCUUCAGAGAAUAGCUCAAUAGAUUUUGAAGUUUUGGCUGACCUUUUUAAAGGCAAUGCCCUUCUAAGUAUGUUACAUUCAACCGUGUUUUGAUCUGAAGAAUGAAUUCAAUUUUUAAACUCAAUUUUGAAGUAUAAA